AGAAGAAGACCAUGCAGCGGCUCAAAACAAGGAAGUGAAUCGUGAGCUUCCGGGCAACUGAUUGAAGUCAUUAAGUGUGUUUUCUAGCAGGAGGACACCAGUGUGUUUACUCAUGGCCGACAGCAGUGGAAAUGUCAUCCGCAAUGGUGAAGACGACGACGGAACACAUGGCCGGAGUGUGGCCGGGAUAGACGAGGGUCCAGCGGCGGUUGUGAGCGUCCACGAAGGCCGUAAAAGAGUCAUCUUGCACGUGGACCUGAACAACACUAUUCUGGUGUCGGACGCCGCCACCAGCCAGGGAACUGUGGCCGCUUUGGACUAUUUCAUGACCACCGUCACCUGGGGCAAAAUGAACAAAGGAAAGUGGGAAUGGCUUAGUGACUCUCCCUCCCUGCAGCCGCCAUGCGACGACGCCACCAGCUACUACUCUCAGUUUAGAUCUACUCACGGCUUCACCUCGGCCGCAGGUCGGCGCUUCCGCGGGAUUCUGGAGGAGCAUCUGAAACUGCUGCGCUGGCCUAAGGGCUUGAAGGGAGACCGAGAUCUGACGACCAAGGGGGAGGAUGGACACCUGUACCACUGGAUCCUUCCCUCCUUUUUCCAGCUGCUCAUAGACCUGACCCAGCAAGGGACUCCGUUCGCCGUGCACUUCCGUACAUUUGGAUGCGACCUAAUCCGUGUGCUGAGUGCUGUGUCCAAAGCUGUGACUCAAGGAGCUCAUCCUCUCUUUCCUGACCUGCCCGACCUGAAGUUAAGCGUGAACAAGACUGCAGGCAAGAUCCGCUGCAGCCCCAAAGAAGUUGUUCUGGCCAGAGGCGGCGAGCGGCUGUCGAGUCGCAACGGAGAGAGAAGCCUGUACGAGUACUUCAGCACCGCUCACGGUCUAGGCGGCUUCCAGGACGACUAUGACUGGUGGCUGACUAACAACUAUUCUGCCCGGGGGGGCAAGCCUCUGUGGGUGGACCCCUUUGAUCAGAGCGUUCAGCACAUCUUCAUCGACGACAACAUACGACAGAACGAUGAGGACACCGUAGUGCACCCCAAGGUUUUCUUGAAACCGGGCUCGGCCGAGACACGCACGGCCUCCAUCUCCGAGCUUUACGACGUGGCCCUGAUCCAGACCGACCUCCUCAAGGCCAUCUCUGAGCCAGACUACUUCACCCGGCGCGUCCGCAUCUGCCAAGAGAACUACGAGAAGAAUGUCCUGCAGGGGUCGGGCUAGUCCACGGCGCACGGCACCCCGCUUCCUGUCCGGUCCUGAUGAACGCCACAUCGGGUACCUUUUUAACUCAGGGCUGUUAGAAGUUUCUAGAUAGGACCGUGUUACAUUGUGCGAUGGAGAGUUACUUCCUUAUGCAAUGACUCUAUGACUUGAUGGAGUCUAAAAGGACAAAACUGAAAAAGGGUUCUGAACUUUACUUAUUUGAUAAAUUAAUAUAACGCAAAAAGUAUUUAAAAAUAAUACACAUAAGCAACCGAUCAUGUGAAGGCCAGACCAAAGGGCGUUAUUGUCGCCUUCUUAGUAACCCCAAGUCCCAUUAGCCAAUCAAGUCUUGUGUGGAAAAAGGUAUGUUUUUAAUAUUGACAACAUUAAUUGUCUUUUAAUUAAAUAAAUGGGUCAUUCUCGUAUAGCGCUUUUCUACCUCUAAGGUACUCAAAGCGCUUUGACACUAUCUCCACAUUCACACUCACAUUCACAUAACCACAACCUAUCAGGAGCAAGGGUGAAGUGUCUUGCUCAAGGACACUUCAGCCUUGGUUGGUAGAAGGUGGGGAUCGAACCAGGAACCCCUCCAGGUUGCUGGCACGGCCACUCCCAACCACGCCACGCCGUCCUCAGACAGCUUUCACACAAACUUUUCUUAUGUUCUUCAAACGUUUAGUUUGUGUGUUAGUUUGUUAGUACACUUCAAUGGUGUCAAAGGCCAAAAUAAAACAUGCAUUACUGAAUUCUGUAAGGCACAGGUGUCAAAAUCAAAGCCCGGGGCGCCCAUAAGCAGACCGUAAUAUUAUUCCUCAUACUUCAACUUGUAUUAUUAGGGUCCGCAGGCCCAUUGCCAAAGGACUCCUGUGGAGUCCUUUGCCAUGGGCCAAGGACCCUAUUGAAACUGCUGUGUUUUAUUAUUAUUCCGCACCUACGCGCUGUAAUUUGACCCCCUUAACAUGCUUCAAAACUCACCAAAUUUGACACACACGUCGGUAUAGCAAACCUUCCCAACAUAUUAAGCAACCAAUCCCCCAAAAUGAAAAUUGCGCACUAGCGCCCCCUAGGAAAAAAAUUGCAGACAAAACUGCAUGUAACUUCUGUUAGGAAUGUCAUAGCGACAUGAAACAAAAACUCCUAUGUAGGUCUGACUUAGACCCAAUUUUCAUACACUCACUUCUUUCAGCAAAAAUCUACAGGAAGUUGUCAAAAACCCCUUAAAAAUAACAUUUUCGCAAAAAAUGCAAUUUUUGCCUCUUUGCGCUGUAAUUUGACCCCUUUAAAAUGCUUCAAAAGUCACCAAACUUGGCACACACAUAAGGACUGGCGAAUAUUGCGAUCUGAUGAAAAAACCAAACCCCAAAACUCAAAAUUUUUGAAUAAAACCCAGAAAAAACUGCUCCUAGGAAGAAAACACAGACAAAACUGCUUGUAACUUCCGGUAAGAAUGUCGGAGAGACAUGAAACAAAAACAUCUAUGUAGGUCUCGCUUAGACCUACAUUUCAUAGAUUGACAACCCCCAACAAAAAUCAACAGGAAGUUUGCAACCCCCCUUCAAAACAAAAGUUUUGUAAAAACCGGUCACCUUUCUUCAAACAUUAUCUCCUCUGAGUGCGUUUGCUUUUUUUGGCUUCAAACUCGCACAGGAGAGAGAUUGAACCCUUUUGAUUAAAAGUAUAGAACAGAGUUUUGAUAAGUUCUCAGGUUUUGAUUUUACGUGCCUUCAAAGAACCCCUGUGCAAAGUCUCCUAAAAAAUGUCAUUUUUGCCUCUUUGAGCUGUUAUUUGACCCCCUUAAAAUGCUUCUAAACUCACCAAACUUGACACACACAUCAGGCCUGGCAAAAAUUGCGAUCUGAUGAAAAAACCUAACCUCAAAACUCAAAAUUGCGCUCUACCGCCCCCCUAGGAAUACAACACGGACAAACUGCUCCUAGGAAGAAAACACAGACAAAACUGCUUGUAACUUCUAGUAGGAAUGUCAGAGAGACAUGAAACAAAAAACACUAUGUAGGUCUCACUUAGACCUACAUUUUAAUAAUAACAUACAUUAGCAAAAAUCAACAGGAAGUUUGAUAUUUUCACUUCAAUAAAACAACUGCAUUACUUUCACAAUGCAUUAGAUUCUCAAAAUAGUGGCUCCAAGGCGUCCUCUAACGCUUAUCCGGCCGAGGGUCUCGGGGGCAGCAGCCAAAGGCGGACCCGACCAACGCUGCUUGCAGCUUUAAUUAUUAUUAUUAUUAUUAGUAGUAGUAUAGAUCCGCACAAAUCCUUACGCUUAGACGAACUGGCCAACGAACCCCCACAUAUGUUAUACCCUCGGAAAGGUCUCGUCCGGGCCGACGGUUCCGCAGCCAGGCACUUUCCAGCCCUGUUACUUGAUUAAUGAGACAUGCUAACUGUUAGCAUGGUACCGUUAGCACACAUGCUAAGUUUUAGCAUUUAAAUGUGCGCAUGCUAAUGUUUUUGGCUCAUUUUGUACUGUUAGACCUAAAACUCACAGCUUGGGACACUCCGCGCCAUCUUCAAAGUACGGCGGAUUUUUCCGUCGACCCCCGGCCACAGAUAGCAGGCCCAUCAACAUUUUUUAGUUAAUUAAAAUAGUCUUGAAUAUUAUUCCUCACUUUUUUUUUUGUUAAAAUAAAAAAAAAAAAACACUUAAAUAUUUGCUUGAAAUGCGAUUUCAAAGCAAGUCAUCCAUUCAAUUGUACACUCCAAAAAUUACAAUGCAUUUGACAAUAAAAAAACUAGCAAUUCAGUUGCAAGAAUUUUACCUUAAAAAAACGGGUUAUGUUUUUUCAUUAUAAUAAUACACUAAAAACAAGCAUGUAUUUUACGGUAAAUAAACAGUGGUACGAUUUUUCCAUUUACAUUUAAAACAGUAUAUUUUACGGCAAAAAAACAGUGAUACUGUUUUUUAUUUAUUUAUAGUAAUACACUGUAAAAACAAGUAUUUAUUUUACUCCAAAAAAAAAAAAGUAGUACAUUUUUUUUCUCCUUUUCUGUAACAUGCUGUAAAAAACAAAUGUAGAUUUUAAGACAAAAAACGGUGGUAUUGUUUUUUAAAUUGUAGUAAUACACUGUAAAAACAGAAAACACAACAUUUUAAGAUACAAAACAACAACUGGCAGCUAUAAUUCUACCUUUAAAAACUGUGGUACCUUUUCACGUGGAUAGUAAUAUACUGUAAAAACAACAACCAAAGAUUUGACAUGGAAACAUAGUGGCAGCCCAGUUGCUAGAAUUAUACUGUAAACAAAGACUGCUGUUGUUUUUUCAUUUUUCACUAAUGCUCUGUAAGAACAACAAUAAAUGAUUUUCCUCAAAAA